AUGUCCAAUCCUGCAGAUUCGAUGUUACCUUUGGAAUAUGACUCUGCUGUUUUUGACAGCAAUCUGCUGAGCAACUCUGAGUUUGUAAAUAACGAUGGCAACAUGUUUAACGAUAAUACCAUCUUUGAUUGCGAUGAAUCAGAUGCUGAAAAGAUUAUUGAAAAAGCCAGUAAUACCUCUUUUGCUGAUCAAGCGAUACAAGUACAAGAAAAUGUUCACACACAAGUUAAGACGUUUUGUGCAUUCAUGGAUGAAAUUCUUCUUCCAAAUGAACAAACAAUGAACGAUCCUCUUGGAUUAUCUCAACAAGCAAGUGUUUUGCCUCGCCGAAGUGGACUUAGUUUGGCUGUGGCUGGCCCUCAAACAAGACCAUUAAGCCAAGCCGAAGUUUCUCAGAAAUUAAAAGAUCAACUUGGCUACACACUCAAUAUUAAACCUUCUCAAAUACCUCACAAGGAUGCUGGUCAGGGUCUUUUCUUAGACGGUGCAGUGGAUGUUGGUUCUGUGGUGGCCUUUUAUCCUGGUGUGGUAUACUCUCCGGCUUAUUAUCGCUACAUUCCAGGGUAUCCAAAGGUUGGUGCGCAGAACCCUUAUUUGAUUACUAGAUAUGAUGGGAAUGUAAUCAAUGCUCAACCUUGGGGUUCUGGAGGGGACAAAAGAGAACUGUGGAACGGUAGAAAUGCCGUAGAAGUGAAGCCUGAUACGAAAGUAGCAGAAAAAGGUUCAGACAGGGUCUGGAAAGUGCUGAGUAAGCCUUUGGUAGGGAAAGGAGACAACAGUGAAGUAAUUGAGCGCCGAAAUCCAUUAGCAUUGGCUCAUUUUGCGAAUCACCCUUCAAAAGGAGUGCUACCGAAUGUCACAAUCUGCCCCGAACUUAUUUCCAUGAUAAGUCAAGCAAAGUUUCGGUUGAUCAAAUUCAGGAAUCCAAACUAA